AUAGCGAUUUGCUUUACGCCAUGUGAAUUUACCAAAGUUUUCGAGUACGUACUUGUAAAAUGAGGUUCACCUAUUUCAUAAAAUAAUUAUGUUUUUGUGACUUGUCAGAGUGAGUUCUGCGGGAUUACGUGAUCUAGGAUAUUUUUUCUCUCUUUCCUGUUGCUAAAAUAAAAGUUUCAUAAUGUUGAGCAUACUCAAAUGUGGACGAAGCAUUGUUGGAAGGCAAGGUGUUACUAACGUAUGUUAUGGGGAACGCCUCUUUAACACAACUGCGGCAAGAAAGCCUAUGGUUAAUAGCGGUUAUAUUUUUCUAAGAAGGAUUCCAAAUCAGUUAGGGAAGGUUCGGGGAUUAUUCAGACAAACUGGCAGCAUUGCUCUAGGCUAUGUAACAAAGACAAAUCCUAAGUCUGACAAAAUUGUAGGCACAUGGAUGCUUACGUGCAGUGGCAUGGUCCUUGCAGCCGUUAUUUUAGGUGGCGUAACCAGACUUUCCGAAUCUGGUCUGUCUAUGGUCACUUGGAAAUUGCUGGGAGAAAAGAUGCCCACUUCGGAAUCCGAUUGGGUUGCAGAAUUUGAGCUGUACAAACGGUAUCCUGAGUUCAAGCUAAUGAAUCGAAAUAUGACUCUGGAGGAGUUUAAACGUAUUUGGUGGAUGGAGUACGUACACAGAACAUGGGGUCGAUUAAUCGGAGCAGCAUUCAUAGUUCCAGCAGUUUACUUUUGGUCAAAGGGAAUGCUGAGACCGACCAUGAAGGGAAGAGUCUUGGCAUUGGGUUCUCUCAUUGGCAUUCAGGGCUUAAUGGGAUGGUACAUGGUUCAGUCUGGAUUAGAAGACCGAUUCCAGGGUCCCGCUGAUGUCCCCAGAGUAUCGCAAUACAGACUAGCAGCGCACCUUGGAUUGGCGCUAAUACUUUACUCGGGCUUAUUGUACAAUGCUUUAGACCAUUUGCUAUCUGCUAAGAAAGUAUCGAUCGACUACUUCAGUGCUGCGGUCAUAAACACUAGGCAGAUCAAGUCACUCAGAAGAUUUCGAUGGGUGAUUUACUCCUCGAAAGGUCUAGUUUUCCUCACUGCUUUAUCAGGAGCAAUCGUGGCAGGAUUGGAUGCCGGAUUGAUUUACAACACUUUCCCACGCAUGGGAGAGAAGUGGAUUCCGGAUGACAUUUUAGCACUUUCUCCGCCAUUGAGGAACAUUACCGAAAAUCCUACCACUGCUCAGUUCGACCACAGGUUAAUGGGGUACCUUACUUUAACAUUACUGACCGUUAUGGGUGUAGCAUCGCGCAAACAUAAGUUGCCUGGGCGUUGUAAAACAGUUAUAAAGAUUCUAAUUACUGCUGCAUACCUUCAAGUAGGACUAGGAAUUACAACGUUGCUUCUUCACGUACCGAUGAAUCUUGCAACGAUGCAUCAGUCUGGAAGUCUUCUUCUUUUGAGUGCUGCAACGUGGCUCUGUCAUGAAGCAAAGCAUUUAAAAAAAUUGCCAAAGUAAUGCAACUCACGAGAUGUACAAGUAUCGCAUGUCAAGUUAGCUAUUUGCAAAGGUCGUUAACGAGAACGACAGCCUGUGAACAUGUCCGUCGCAUUUUAACAUGUAGUAGGGGGAUCUCAGGAUUCCAAGUAUAUGGAUAUUUUGUUUCACAACAUUGUGUUUGUUUUAUUUGAAAAUGCAGUGUUACAAUGAUCGUUACUAGUUGAAGUUACCCUAUGCCAAAAGGACAACAGCUUUACCGACUUGAUCAUAUUAAAGCAAUAAUCAAAUUUCAAUCUGUAGUUUGGGAAAUGGAGGCAUGACUUGCAUCGUUCCAUAAAGAAUUAUUUAACA